GAAACUUUCUAUCGUAAUGAUCAUCAAUCCCAUUCUCCUCUUUCCCUGAUCUCCUGGGGAGCAAGUAUUCUGAGAUAUUUGGCCUUUCUUUAUCCUAUGUGAUUUUAAACAAGAUUAGGUGAUUGUGAAUCUUGAAUUUCUUGGUCUCUGGUCUCUUCAGCAGGGUGAAGGUUUGAAAGAACCAAUGAGUAUCCUCGUCGUUGAGGCAUUCUAUGGAGGGUCCCAUAAACAGCUGGCGGAUCUGCUCCAAGAAGAAUUAGAAGACUGUGUCCUUUAUACGCUCCCUGCAAAGAAAUGGCAUUGGAGAGCACGUACAUCGGCUUUAUACUUCUCUCAGAAUAUUCCUGUCAGUGAGCAUUACAGGAUCCUCUUUGCAAGCUCAGUGCUUAACCUGACCGAACUGGCUGCCCUUCGGCCUGACCUUGGGAAACUGAAAAAGAUUCUAUACUUCCACGAGAAUCAAUUGGUAUAUCCUGUCAAAAAAUGUCAGGAGAGGGAUUUCCAAUAUGGAUACAACCAAAUUCUCUCAUGCUUGGUGGCUGAUGUGGUAGUAUUCAACUCAGUUUUUAAUAUGGAGUCAUUUCUCACUUCUAUUGGAAAAUUUAUGAAGCUGAUUCCUGAUCACAGACCCAAGGAUCUGGAAAGCAUCAUCAGACCCAAAUGCCAAGUUAUUUACUUUCCCAUCAGGUUUCCCGAUGUAAGCAGAUUCAUGCCCCAGCACAAAACAGCCCAUUUGCAAAAGAUGCUCAGCCUUCAAGGAAAUGGUGGUGCUGCUCGAUCUAUGGCUCAUUCUUUCCAACAAGAGCAGAGAAGUUCUGAGAAUGUAUUAAAGAAUUCGGCUUCACAAUCUGGACCUUGCAAUACUGCACCGCAAGAAAACCUGGGUAGCUCAUUAAUGCAGGAGUCAGAUUUGAACGUAUGCAACUCGGCAGAUCAUUCAAGCUCUCCUCUUGGGGGAAAUAAGCAAAAUUUGGCUGUUAAUCCUUGUGACGUUUUGGGUGGAGCUGCUGAUCAGCAAAGACCGCUGCACCUUGUCUGGCCUCACAGGUGGGAGCAUGAUAAAGAUCCAGAGAGUUUUUUUAAGGUAUUAAUGCAUCUGAAGGACUUAGGACUCAAUUUCCAUGUGUCUGUCCUUGGAGAAACCUUCACAGAUGUCCCAGAUAUAUUUUCAGAGUCCAAAAAGGCAUUGGGAUCGUCUGUCUUACAUUGGGGCUACUUACCCAGCAAAGAUGACUAUUUCCAAGUACUGUGCAUGGCUGAUGUUGUCAUCUCAACAGCUAAGCAUGAAUUCUUUGGAGUGGCAAUGUUGGAAGCUGUGUAUUGUGGUUGUUACCCACUUUGUCCCAAAGAUUUGGUUUAUCCUGAAAUAUUUCCAGCUGAAUAUCUGUAUUCUACACCUGAACAGCUUUCAAAAAGGCUCCAGAAUUUCUGCAAGAGACCAGAUAUUAUAAGAAAACAUCUCUAUAAGGGUGCAAUAACUCCUUUUUCCUGGGCAGCCCUACAUGGUAAAUUCAGGUCUCUGCUUACAACAGAACCUAAGGAAGAUUUGUGACAGAUGGGGCUAAGUCACAAACUUGCAGCCUAAGGCAGAAUCUGUAGAACUUUCCAGAGUGUGCCCAUAUUUACCUGAUCAGAGAGAAAAGAAAAUCUGCAGAGGAAGCUGAGCCUGGCUGCUUGUCAUAGCUGACACAGAGCCAUCUGCCACAAACCUGUGGCGGCUUCAGAUCUCCAAUCCCUGCCACCACCCCAACUCAAAUUAAAUACAGAUUCCUAGA